AUGUUCCCGGCUGCUGCUCGAGGCCGUCUCGUUGCUCUUGGACGUGCUUCGCUCCCACGCCCCGCUCGGACACCUGUUAUCACAAUGGCAGCUCGUCGCGCCAACUCGUCCGUCCCCGCAGGAUACACUGAAGAUCUCUCUAAAGGACGCAUGCUCCGAUUUGAAGACUCCCUUCCACAAUUACCCGUUCCAACCCUCGAAGAGACCGGCAAAAAAUAUUUAAAAUCCCUCCACCCACUUCUCAGCGCUGAAGAAUUCAAGCGCUCGCAGAAGGCAGUCGAGGCAUUUGUUAAACCCGGCGGCGAGGGUGAGACUCUUCAGAAGAGACUGCUCGCAAAAGCUGCCGAUCCCAAGGUGCAAAACUGGCUGUACGAUUGGUGGAACCACGCUGCGUACCUCGGCUAUCGAGAUCCCGUUGUGCCAUACGUUAGCUAUUUCUACUCUUACCGCGAUGACCGAAACAGGAGAGAUCCUGCAAAGCGUGCGGCUGCCAUCACCACGUCCGUUUUAGAGUUCAAGAAGCAGGUUGAUGAUGGCUCCCUGGAGCCAGAGUACCUCCGCAAGGAGCCAAUGGCCAUGAGCUCAUACGAGUACAUGUUCAAUUGCUGCCGUAUCCCUGCCGAGGGUGCGGACUACCCCCAAAAGUACCCUGCUCAGGGCAACGAGCAUAUCGUGGUUAUGCGCAAGAACCAGAUUUUCAAGGUGCAGACCCAUUUGAACGGAGAGCAACUCAACACCUCAGAACUCCAGCAACAGUUCGAGAAGAUUCUUAAGAACGCCGAGAGAGUACCCGCUGUAGGCGCUUUGACUUCAGAGAACCGCGAUUUCUGGACGGCUGCCCGCAAGAAGCUUCUUGCUGCUGACCCAGCAAAUGCUGACGCUCUUAAGACCAUCGAGGGCGCUUCUUUCGUCGUCUGCCUCGACGACACAGCCCCAGUCACUUUGGAAGAGCGUGCGCACGUUUAUUGGCAUGGUGAUGGUGCCAACCGCUGGUUUGACAAGCCAUUGACUUUUAUCGUCAACGACAACGGUACCGCUGGUUUCCUCGGCGAACACAGCAUGAUGGAUGGCACCCCCACUCAUCGACUCAACGACUACGUGAACAAUCUCAUCUUCAACAACCGCCUCGACUACUCCAACCCUUCUGUCCGCUCCAAUCUUCCCGAACCCCAGCCCGUCAACUUCAACCUCGACUCCGCCGUCCUCGAAGACAUCACCACUGCCCAGAAGGACUUCGCCAGUGUGAUCGGCAAGCACGAACUCCGAGUUCAAGCCUUCCAAGCCUACGGCAAGGGCCUGAUCAAGAAGUUCAAGUGCAGCCCAGACGCAUACGUACAGAUGCUCAUUCAGCUCGCCUACUUCAAGAUGUACGGCAAGAACCGACCUACCUACGAAUCCGCCUCCACGCGUAAGUUCAAGCAGGGCCGCACCGAGACCACUCGCACCGUCUCCGACGAGAGCGUCGCCUUCUGCAAAGCUCAUUGCGACCCCGCCGUGCCCCGUGAAGAGACAGCGAAACUCUUCCGUGCCGCUUUGGCUGCGCACACGAAGUACAUCGCUGAUGCGAGUGUCGGCAAGGGCGUCGAUAGACAUCUCUUCGGCCUGAAGCAGCUGAUCCAGAAGGGCGAAAAGGUUCCCGCGUUGUACGAGGACCCGGCCUAUGGAUACAGCGGAUCGUGGUACCUGAGUACGAGUCAGCUAAGCUCUGAGUACUUUAACGGCUAUGGAUGGAGUCAGGUUAUCGAUGACGGAUUUGGUAUUGCGUAUAUGAUCAAUGAAAACAGUUUACAAUUCAACAUCGUUUGCAAGAAACUCGGCGCCGACCGGAUGAGUUUCUACCUCAACGAGGCGGCAUGCGAAGUUCGCGAUCUCCUCAUGCCCGACCUGCUCGCUCAACAGGAGAAGGCCAAGCUGUAAAAGCUACAAUGAAGAUUCAAAAAAAGCAAAGCGGGCUGUGCGAAAGGGACGAAGGAGCAGUGGCCUUAGGCACUCCUUGCUAUAUAGUUACGUUGGCAUGCAAGCCCGAUUUUAGAUAUACAUUUGUUACUGUGUAUUAGAGAUAUACUACGAUUUUCUCUUUCCUUUUUCUCCUUGUUUGUUCUAUCCCCGUCUUCGUUUCAUUUAGAGCAAUUUCAUUGGAGAUGUACGGAGUAGAUAAGCCGAAUAGGAUUUUGAAUUAAAUCCCUUCAAGCUUGG